UGUUUUUGUUCGUCUGGACAGCAGCGCACGUCAAAGUUUCUGAAGUUUGUUCUACAUUUACUAUGUAAUCGUAUUGCUGUUCUGAGACAGGUUGUUUUUCAUGAAAGUUACUUGUACUAGUACUAUAUCCAAUUUUAGCUUCGGGAGUAUGGGUCGUUAAAUGGCCGUUGUUUUGCCGUUGUCGUACGCCUCACAUUAUUAAGUCGAUCUCAGAAAAAAACACACUAGCUAGCUUAGCCUAGUUUGACAUUCUUUCCUUAUAUUAUUCAAUUGCGAAACAAGCCAUGAGGAGAAAACUGCCUAAGUGAUAUGCGUACGUGUGUCCACUUUAUACUGACUUGUACUAGCUUUUUACCUGAAAAGACACCGGACUGUUCCUCUGGGUCAAGGCUUCCUCGCUGAUGAUGGAUCAGUACCAUAUUUUGGAGGUUAUCGGGGAAGGGUCAUUCGGCCGAGUGUACAAAGGCCGCAGGAAGUUUAGCGGCCAGGUUGUGGCUCUGAAGUUCAUUCCCAAAGUUGGCCGCUCAGAGAAGGACCUGCGUAGUUUGAAAAGAGAGAUUGACAUCAUGAGGGGGCUUAAGCAUCCCAACAUAGUGCUGCUUUUAGACAGCUUUGAGACAGAGAGGGAGGUGGUGGUGGUGACUGAGUAUGCAGAGGGUGAGCUGUUUCAGAUCCUGGAGGAUGAUGGGAGUUUACCUGAAAAUCAGGUGCGUGAAAUAGCCUGCCAGCUUGUUUCUGCCCUGUAUUAUCUGCACUCCCAUCGCAUUUUGCACCGUGACAUGAAACCACAAAACAUCCUGCUGGGAAAAGGAGGAGUAGUAAAGCUCUGUGACUUUGGGUUGGUGUUACCAAUUGUGGUGUCAGAAGAGGGUUCAAGCAACCCCCUGACAGUCCCACCCAGCCCCGACCUACAAGCCCUGAAACACCAGCAGGCUGCUGAGAAGACAACGGCACGCAGCGGAGAGGGCAAACUACUGCGCAAAGCUAGAGAGCUUCGGGAGAAAGAGAAGAUUAACAGACGGGAGAUUGCGAGUGGAAGUGCUGCAUGCGCCAGUCAGACACACUGUAAGACAGCUUCUGCUGGAGGAGCCCCCACCACUGGCCACUCAUUGGGCAGCACCUUUUCAGUGUAUCAAAAUUCAUCUCAACCAGCAACCAAUCAGCAUCAAGCAAAUGACAACAGUGUUACCAGAGUGCGGUCAGCUCCACAUAAAGGCCAGAUCAGUAGAGACUAUGAGAGGGAGUUCCCUUCGGUUGAGGUGGGACCCUGGCAGCUUCUGAAGCCCCCUGGACAUGCACGGACCAGUCUGGCUUCUGUCAGGAUGGACAGUGAGGAACAAGAUAUCGAUAGUGAUUCUGAGUGGCAACGAUUUAUUGAUUUAAGUUAUCAGGGCCCUGUAAACACUUCCAUUCUUCAGAGGUUAAAGACCAAGUUGCUUGUAACCAAAAGCCAGCUAUUGGUCAGGAAGGGUGAAGAGGCCUCUUCAACUCUACAGCCACUAAAGAUCCUCAGGAACAUUGUUCAGAGCUGUCAGUCUGGUGAUGUUGAUACACUGGGCAAAGAGUUGGAACUGCCUCAUCUACUGUUCAGUCUGAUUGAAGACAUCCUGAACAUUCCAGAUCUAAUGCAGGAGUCUCAGGGUGAGACAGUAUUGGGAGAUAUGAUGAAUGUGCUCAUAAUGUACCUGGAAAAGAGCCCAGGCUGGGAGAUAAAGGGAAGAAGAGCUGAGGAUCUCUGUCAGCUAUUUAUAUCGGUAUUUCUCUGUCGAGACCCAAAGCGCUCAGCGCUUUUGGCAACAGCAGUCUUAACCUUGUUCACUCGCCGUGGUAUAUCUGUGAAUGUCAGUAUGGAAAGGCUUACAGCCUUUUUGGGGAAUAUUUUGACAGACACAGCAGAGGAACAUAACCCUUUACCUGCAGGUUGGGGCAUGUGUGAUGGCCUUCUGUCACUGAUUCUCCACAGACUAUCUGAGCGUGAAAGCAGCCUACUGCUUGACUUUAAGGACUCCGAGCUUUGGCUCUGCUUGUGGGCUAAAGUAAACGCCUCUCUGGAAAACACAACAUCCCAGAGUUGCCAUUUCUCUCCUAACGGUCUGUACAUGUUCCUUUCUCUCGCUUUAUUGGUUUUCUCCAGAGAUCCAUAUAACUGUAUGGCUCUCCUGUCAGAUAACUCCACAAACUGCUCCUCUACCCUCAGCCACCUUCUCACCACCAGUUGCAGCGCUUCAUUGCUUGAGCGGGGUCUUUUCUGGGGUGACUCAGAAAUAAACAGCCUAUCAGUGAUGAGCUGUCAUCUUCUCUGCAUCCCCUUCUCUCUGGAGUUACCCCUAGAAAAACUUCUUUCUGUUCUCCAAUCGUAUCAAAACUCACAUAUUGUGGCCGGUCUAGUUAAGAUGAUUCAAACUCUUCCCGUUGCCCUGGUGGAGCUUCCGUUGUGUCUUCUUAAUCGUCUGCUGGUAUCUGAGCCACAGCACACUGGUCCAUGCCUUAUCACUGCAGCCCAGGCCUCCGCUUUCCUCCCUUACAGCACAGAAGGCUCAGACAAUGGAGCAGACCACACUCAGAAUCAACUUAACCACUUCGGGAAUGGUGCGGAGCGAAUUAAGAGCAAUGGAAUCGCAAAGAAAACCAAGAUAGAUCAUAUCAAAAGUGACAUCAAAUCAAAGAAGAGGUUCGAGCGGCUCAAAGGCAACAUAGAUGCAUCUAAGGAAAAAAAUUAUUCCAUAAAGACGCAAUACCAGCCAUCCAGAAACAAGACUGAGAAAAUCAGAGAGGUCCAACCAAAAACCAAAAUAUAUCCACAGAACACCAUGGAACAACUAAGAGAUAAAACAGAGCAGCAGAGCGGUUGUAUAGAGGAGCUCAUGGACAGUUUGGAGAUCCGUGGCAGUUCUGCAGGACGUCUCCAAGACCUCUCACCUCAGCCAGGGUGCAGCAUCAGCUGGCUCAUAGACAGUCUGGAGGAAUUGAGAAGUUGUGAUCACCCCAAGAUCUCCACGGCUAAAAUUCGAUCUUCACCAGAAGAGGUCAGAACAGCAGGUUCUCUGUUGGCUGUUCUGCUACAAAGUGAACUUCUCAGUGCGUGUGCAGUGGAACUCCUUAUCCUUCUCUCCCAACUAACACGUCAUCUCACCCAUCAGUCUUCCUCCUUUCUUCCUGUCGAAACCACCCAACUGCGGUUUGCAUUGUGCCACCGCGAUGAUGGUUGA